AUGGCGAACGUGAUCAACAACCUCUUUGGCGGCGCAAAGCCUGCCAGCGUCAUUCCAGACAAGUCGGGCGAUUCUGACUUCGCCGACUUCGCAGAGGGUGCCGACCCGUCCCCCAUCCCCAUCAGCCCCAUAACGACCACUCUCGCCGGUGUCCAGCCCGAAAAGACCGCCGUCCCUUACACAAAGUGGUACAAUGUGCACGAGCGCCACAGCCUUUCUGAAUUCAAGGCCGAGGGCUUCAUUCUGGCCGCCAUCAUCGUCGUGCUGAUCCUCCAUCUCUUCGGUGCCCGUCUGAACCGCUCCAAGGCCAAGAAGUGGAUUCGCGCCCAUGCUUCGACAUUGGGCUCCGAGUUCGCCCUUGUUGGCUUCUCUGGCGUACCCAGGGCUCUUUCGGACAAAUCUGGUGAUGAGCUCACCCAGGCUUUGGCUGACGCCAACACCCAGAAGGGUGACGCCAUCCUCAAGGAGAAGAGUCUCUUCGAGUUCGCGACCUACGCCACCGGCCGUGUCAACGUUGCCUUUGUCGAUGUCAAGCUCACUCUGGUCAAGCGCUUCAACCCCUUCGUCACCCUCGCCGAGAACGUCAUUGGUUUCUUCUGGGACAGCUAUGCUCAGCCUAGCGAUUCCGUCGAGGCCACCUUGUAUCCCUUCGAUGGCAAGGAGGUGCUUACCGUUCCCGCUAUGCCUGGCGCGGCUGAGCUCCGCCAGAACGACAAGAAGAGUACUUUUGACGGUUUUGUCUGGGCCAUUGUCCACAAGGAGAGCAUGAAGCAGGUCCGCGACGAGCGCUACGACGUGUCCCUUACCUACACCAAGGACAACAACAAGCUUCCCCAAUGGUUGACGGUUAUGACUGAGAGCGCUGAGAUCACUGAUGCGCUGCUCACCCCUGAGCUGAUCAAGGCUGCCGAGUCUGCUGGUGACCUCCUCGAAUACCUCAUUGUUUCCGAUCAACCUUUGGACAAGCCCAAGACUGUCGAGGAGACCAACCCCCGCAAGCGCAUCUUCCUCAAGUACCGCCUCCCCUCGGACAACAACUACGAGCCUCUCCUGCCCAUCUUCCAGUACUUCCUCCGCAUGACGGACCAGCUUGUGCAGGUGGCGCACUUCCGCCCCGAGGUCCUCCGCAAGGUCAAGUCCGUUCGCGAUGAGAUGAUCAAGGGCAUCCAGAAGGCGAGCGAGCAGGAGAAGGCCGAGGAGCUGGCGGUCGAACGCGAGAAGCAACGCAAGGCCAAGCGUGAUGCCGAGUUGGCCGCCAUGGACGCCAAGGCGCAGAAGAAGUACCUCGAGAAGGAGAGGGAGAGGGAGGCCAAGAGGCAGACCAAGAAGAUGACCACUAGGGCCUAAACGUCCUGUUUCUUGGGCUUCUUCGAAAUGUGUAUGUGUGAUGACUAUGGAAUGGAAUAAGGGGGUAAUGGGUUGGGGUUCGGAUGACCCGGCAACGUGAUGAUGGUUUUGGCUAGGGAUGAUGACGGAGGCUACGAUCAAAGUAUACUAAUAAUAACGUGUAUAUGCGUCUGUAUGUUGUACAAGUAUGUAUAAAAAUAAUGUGGGGAUGGGUUGAUGAGUAAAGUGUGAACUUG